GUAAGAUUCAUUCCGUGAGGGUGGAUAGGUGAGACCACCGGAGAGCAGAUAUAUGCGGACAUCUCCGCAAUCCCUGAAUGCCAGUACAGUGCGAGAGGGGGGAGAAGGGGGCCAGCCCGGUCUAGCAAAUGAGAAAAUAGAAAAGUGGGGAGUCCAACGGUGAAUUUUACGUCAGGCUUGAGACGUGGGCGUGAAAAAAAGGGAGAGAAAAAACACGAGGCAUUACCGCCUUCUCUUAACGGGGUGCACCAUUUCACUUCACCGCGCCGCGCCGACAACGGGAAAAUCACAAAGAGUUUCUGAUUAGAUGCGUGAACUAAACAGCGAUGUCCAACGCUCAGAUUUGGCAAUCUUUUCCCCUCACAACUAUUUAAAAUUGGCAUAUACUCCAAUGGUUUUACUGGACGUAGGAUGGGAUUAACUUUGUCUGGAAGAUAUAUUUCAUUGUUUCUUGCUGUUCAAAUAGCCUAUCUGCUGCAGGCGGUUCGAGCGGCUGGGAAAUGUGAAACCGUGUUCAAAGGUUUCUCCGACUGCCUGCUUCAUCUGGGAGAGAACAUGGCCAACUAUCCACAGGAGCUGGACGAGAAGGAAAACCUUCAGACCAUCUGCACUUACUGGGAUGAUUUCCAUUCAUGUGCGACCACUGCUCUGGCAGACUGUCAGGAGGGAGCCACAGAUCUAUGGGAGAAGCUGAAAAAAGAGUCCAGAAAUCUGGACUUUCGCGGCAGCUUGUUUGAACUGUGUGCGGCCGGGAACGGCGCGAGCCGAUCGUCGGUUCCGUUCGGCGUAACGCUGAUCCUAACCGCACUGUCUGCGCUCGUCACGUGGAUGCAGUUUUAACCCACGGAGAGAGAAGAAGGAGAAAAUGAAAAAAUAAAAAACGAAGAAGAAGAAAAAAGAAAGAAAAGAGAGGGAAAAGACAAGACAAAUCAUCAACACAAGAAUAAAAAAAAAGAAUAAUAAUUUAUGAUGCUCAAGAUUCAUCCUCACCCAAAUGGAUUUAUAAACCUAUUUCAUCUGGAGAAAAAAAUAAGAUUUUUGCAAGAGACAAUGGCAAGAAGAAGUCUUCUGGGAAUGCUCAAGCACAUUUGCCUGACUCUGGGUCGAUUUCAUGAAAUAUUUAUCAGAUAUUGAGUUGAAAUGACGGCCUGAAUUUCUGAAAGGUCCUAGCUGGUUAGAAGCGUAGUAUUUUAUAACAUUACCGUCUAUUAUGAAUGAAUUAUUACUGUAGGCUUUUCACAUUUUCAACUGCCAUCAUGCAUAUGCAUAUUCUCUCAUCCGUUUGUUUUUAUAUGCUCUUUGUCAAUAUUUCGUUUUUCAUUUAUCAAAUUUAUUUUAGUCAAGCCAAGUACAUGGAUGAUGUGCGAGGGGGUUAGAGGGUUUGCUGACCCACCAAUCCAGAAAAAAAAAUAUAAGAAAUGUCUCCAGUAAUCACGACGCUAAUAAUAGGCUAUAAAUAAUAAUAAUGAUGAUAAUAAUAAAUAUAAUAAACACACCUCAGGAAUGACUAAAGGCAUCUAUUUAGUGGCAUACAAGAGAGCAGAGAAUAUAUAUAAAAUAUAAGAUUUUAUUAAGGAACAAAGAAAUGUGGCCAUUAAAAGGCUGUGAGAUAGAACUCUAUUCUAUUCCAUUCAAUGAAGAAUUGUCUCUUUAAGUAGGAUACAUAACAGUAUAAAGGCAACACUUUACAUUGCAGUGUCCAUGUUGCAUAUACCAACGUGUAAUUACAAGCAAGCAGCUCCAGAAAACAAUUAGACGUCAAGUACACAUAGUUCAUUACUAUUACGCAGUACUUACACAGUAAUUACACUGCAACGUAAAGUGCGGCCUGUUUUUCUCCCGACAGUAUGGUAGCACGAGAAUAUCUGGACCUUGACAUUAAUAGUUGGAUGACGUCAAUUUUGCUAGCUUUAUUUGAUGUUGCCAAGGCACAGACCACGUUUCACUGCCUUCAGAAGAUGUGUAUUUUGUUUGUUCGUUCGUUUGUUCGUUUCUGGGGAUGUUGCAUAUGAAAUACCUGAAUAUUCAAAACCAUAUAAGUAAAUAAGAGAUGUAUGUGAAAUGAAAAGAGAGAUACUUUAACCGAAACAGUUUUAAAACAGAUUGAUUAUACAGGUAUAUAAAAUAGACUGCUAAAAAAAAAAGUAUUUAAAAGUAUUAAAUAAAAACAGUUACUGUUUGAAAGA